AUGCCGAGUGAUAGAAUUUUUGCCGUAAGAAAGUACGUUGCCCAGGGUGCACCACGUGGAGCUAACACCAUAAAUCCCACUGCCACAGAAUACAGAAACACCCUCUUUCAAGUUACCCCAACCCGAUAUCACCAGCUUCCAUUGAUUGAUCCCAAUUGCAUUGAGAUUGUAAAGCCGCUAGGAAAGAGUCGUCAUGGAGAAACUUACCUUGGAAGCAUGAGAGCAUCGCCUUCGGGAGGGAAGAAUUCGCUGCCACCCAGAAAGAUUUUUCUUCGACCAGCUCUCCCGAAAACUGCAAUUGAAGCAGCCAAGAUUGCUUCGUGCGUUCGACAUCCAAAUAUCGUCUUUUGUCACGGAAUUCUGAAAGCCCUCCAACCCAACUUCCUGGUCUAUAACUUCAUGGCCUGUGGGAGAUUGGAUAUGUUUCUUGUCUCCGAAAUAAGACGCGCGGAGGAGUUGGAUUCAAAGCGAAAAGAAGCCACUCUACCUCGUUCACCAUUACUUUCCAACAGAACUAUUUUUCAUAUGCUUCAUCAAAUUGCAUCGGCGUUUACUUUCCUCAUUUCAAUGCCACUUGAUAACAUUAUUCUAGAUUCAUCUGCAGUUAUGGUUGCCGAUGACCACUCCUGUAAGAUUCAGCUCAAAAUUCGCCCUUUCGAGCCCUCAAGAAAGGACACAUCAAGCACAAUCAAAGAAUUCAGUCUAAAGCAAGGUCUUGCUGAUUUCAUUGGUCCACACCCUUCAUCGAGAAUUUUUGUUGUUCAAGAAGGUCAAAACAUACUCCUUCCAAGUAUAUUAAAGAAUUCUGCAGGCGUGCAUUCACCUACAACUCUCUUCCAAUCAGUUAUGCUACAUCUCAAGCUGACGUUAAAUCAGGACAGCCUUCCUGGUAAUAACACUCACGUGAAGAAAUUUGGAUGUAUUCAGAUUGAACUACUUCUAGCAGCCAUAUUUCGACAAAUAUGUGUUCUUCGAAAUUUAAAUUCCACGGGAAUGACUAUAUCAAAUGCCUUGGAGAAAUAUGGAUGUCUUUCAAAAAAAGUGGCCUGGAGAGAGGAGUCUCCACUGCUGAAUGAUGUAAUCGCGCUGAUUACUGGAUGGUUCGGAAAUGAAUUCCUGGGAUGUGUCAUAAGCAGCUGUCUAGACCAUGAUACCUCUAGACAACCGAGUAUCGUGGAAGUGGAGAAUCACCUGAAGAAGUUCCUUACUGAUAAGGAGACUCAAAAGCCACAGAAGGAGAAAAUUGCGGCAGUAAUCCAUAGUGAAGAGACACUCCCUUUGCCCGCAGUGGCCCCAUUGGCAGAAAUCUCAGUCCAAAACGCCCCGGCAAAAUGGAACAAUUUGCAGCUGACUUCACCUUGCACGGAAUUGAACCCCUUUUAUUCUCCAGAUACUGUAUAG